AUGAACCAACAAGGCAUGGGUCCGUACCGCUUCGACCUACCCGAUGACGGCCUGGCGAUCUACCGCGAGGGCCAAGUGCUCGAGCAAUACCUCGCCUGCGACGAGUACUGGUGGUGGCAGAAACUGAGGGUCGGUAACAAGACCUUCAAGUUCCCUGCGUACUCCCACACCACGGAGGAGCAGAAGGUGAAGGUGUGGAAGUCGUUUCGCGAUCUGGCGAGAGUUGAACGACCCAUGGAAGGCGCCGUCAAUCUGGAAAGGCCCAGAUUCGGCGAGUUCCAAUUGACCUGGUUGUCGGUCUCGGAACUCCGGCAGGCGAAGAAGAUCCUAGAGGACGAGGGCGGCGGUGACUAUGAUAUCUACAUCCAGGCCAUUGGGAAUGCUCUCAAGCGCGAGGGGAUAUCAGACGAGAGGAAAAAGGGGUCUUCCUGGUUCCCUACUGGCACAGGAGCCGCCAUCGCGCGACGCUUCGCACAAACCUACCCCGUCGUGCUCCUCGCCCGGUCCCAGACCUCGUUGGAUCAGUUGGUCCGCGAGAUCGACCAGAGCAAGGACUCCGCGCUGGGCAUCCCGACCGACAUCACGGACCAGCAGAGCGUGGAGUCCACCAUGGCCGCCAUCAAGGCGCACUACGGUGCGGAUCUGAACGUCGCCGCGGCCGUGUUCAACGUCGCGAGCAAGUUCGUCCGGAAACCGUUCCUCGAGUCCUCGAAGGAUGAGUUCCUGGGUAGUUUGGAGGGCACGGCGCGCGGGGCGUUUCAGUUUGCGAGAGCCGUGUUGCCGCUUAUACGUGAGAGUGAGGACGGUCAGGCUCGGGGUCAGGGUCAGAGGUAUCCGUCGACAUUGAUCUUUACCGGAGCAACGGCGGCCUUGAAAGGCGGAUCCGGACUCGGCUCCUUCGCCAUGAGCAAGUUUGCCGUGCGAGCCAUGGCGCAGUCCCUGGCGCGCGAGUUCGGGCCAAAGGGCGCGCCCACGCCGUGA